CAGGAUCCGACUGCCCUCGAGGAUGGGCCCCAGCCAUUGGAUCUGAGCUCUUGGCCACCGAUCUACAUAUCGCCCACUCAUUUCGACACAGAAGACUUGCAUGAACUGGAAGAAGCUCUGGACGCGGCACAUGCAGUCCAUACAUAUGAUAUUGGAGAGGCAGAGAUCGUACUUAGUAAAGCUACCAAAAAACCACGAAUCCGCCUCGACCUCAAAGCCAAAGGAUUGCAUACCACAGAAUGGCAGUGUGAGAUCAGUGCAUCUGCAAGGACUGUUAUAUCUGAAGAUACCGAGGCGCUAUCGAGGAAGAGAAAGCGUGAUGAGCUAAACGCUAGCCUUGCGCGAGAGCAGGUAUUACCACCAGGCCGAAUUGUAAAAGUUGUCAGCAUAGAAUGGGUUACGGACUCUCAAGAAAGCGGUCAUGUCCUGCCUCUUGACCAAUACAUGACGUAUAUGGGUCUUUUGCAAGCAGUUGAUGAAGCUACAACAGCGACGUUGAAGCACAAUCCACCUAUUCAAAAGGCCGCCAAGCUCACCGCUACUUUGCAACAUGCUCCCGCAGGUGAACCAUCCAAUCCACCCGAUGGUAGCGAGAUCCUCCAGCGAGCCCAAGAUGAUGCUUCACAUGCAAAGCCGAAGUAUAGUCGUUUUGGUAAACGCCAGUAUCACCACCCGCACCAGGUCACUCCGUCUGCCAAUCCAUCGAGCUGGGAAGCCGGACACGGGACAAGUGCCAAGUACGCUCAUCUGCUGCAGCAAACAACUACAGAAUAUGAAGGGUCGUCCAGCGAUACGCCUGAGAUGCCGAAGUGGGUCAAGUCACGCGUUAAGUACGCGUGUCAAAGACUGACGCCAAUGACGAAUCCAAAUGACGAUUUCAUCGCUCUACUGAAAGAGAUCAAGCAAGCACGACUCCUCACGAAUGAUGAGAUAGGCGUGAGAGCAUACAGUACUUCCAUUGCUGCCAUUGCUGCUUACACUCACAAGUUCAGCACUGCGAAGGAGAUCUUAGCGUUGCCAGGAUGCGAUAGCAAAAUCGCAAAUCUUUGGGUCGAAUGGAAGAACACAGGCACAAUCAAAGCGGUUGAGGAUGCUCGGAACGACGAGGAUCUCAAGGUCCUUCGGCUGUUCUACAACAUCUGGGGCGUCGGUGUUGCCACCGCUCGUGAUUUCUAUUUUGACCGCGGUUGGAGAGAGCUGGACGACAUUGUUGAGUACGGGUGGUCGACUCUGGUUCGUGUGCAGCAAAUUGGAGUUAAAUACUACGAUGAAUUUCAAGACCUCAUACCUCGUGCAGAGGUUGAACAGAUAUGCGAAGUGAUUCGCAAACAUGCAGUCAAGGUUCGCGAUGAUGGCAUCCAGACCGUUAUCGUUGGUGGCUAUCGCAGAGGGAAAGAGGCUAGUGGAGAUGUCGACAUCGUGGUCACUCAUCCCAACGAGAGCUGCACGCUGAAUCUGGUGAAUGACGUUGUAGGCAGCCUCGAGGAAGAAGAGUGGAUCACCCAUACCUUGACUGUAUCUAAUGCCAGCUCCGAGAGAGAUCAGCAGACGCUUCCGUUUCGCGCUGGAGGCGGCGGGCAUGGGUUUGACACACUGGACAAGGCUCUCGUUGUAUGGCAAAAUCCAGUUUGGCCUUCAAAAGCUCAGGAUCUGGCCGAGAAUGCACAGGCAAAGAAUCCCAACAUCCACAGACGGGUCGACAUCAUCAUUUCUCCGUGGCGAACCGUGGGUUGUGCUGUAGUAGGCUGGAGUGGCGGGACAACAUUCGAGAGGGACUUGAGGCGCUAUGCGAAAAAUGUCAAAGGCUGGAAGUUCGACAGCUCUGGAGUUCGCAAUCGAGGUAACGGCGAAGUUGUUGACCUUGAGGGCUAUUUCAGCUGGGAAGGUAAGGAGGGCAAGGAAGGUCGUGCAAAGACCAUCGAGGAAGCGGAGCGGAGAGUGUUUGAAGGGCUCGGUCUCAGGUAUAGAGAGCCUUGGGAGCGGUGCACUGGGUGAGCGAAAGUAUAUUUAGCAGCCACGUUAUGAUAAAUACCUGAGUCGAGAGACUUGCCGCAC